AAAGAGGAUGUGUAUAUAAAUACACCUAACAAGUCGUUCUCGAGCUCUACCAAUCCGAAACUCUGAGAUUCCUUUGUUUCAAGAACUGAGUAAACAUAACAAAAAAAAAUGGCAUCAUGGAAGAAAACAAUAGCAACACCAUUCAAAAAGGCUGCAACACUCUUCAACCAACCGCAGCAAUCGCCAAGAAAGGGUUGCGGCGGUGGGAAAAUGGAUGCCAAAGCUAGGGAAGAGCACGAGAGGAGGAUGGUAAGAGAGCUUCAAGGAGAAGUCAUGGCUUGUGGAUACGAUGAUGUUCUCGUAAUGUGGUCUAUUCUCGACAAAUCUAACUCCUCCAAUAACCUCACUUCUUAACCCAAACCAAACUUAGACAAAUGGUUUUCUUAUCUGCUUUUUGUACAUAUAUAUCAAAAGUGGUAUAAGCGCGCCUUAUAGCGAUCACCUCCUUCUCCUCUUCUUUUUCCUAUAGUUACCCUUUCAUGUCUCUUUGUAAGGUCUA